UGCGGGUAGGCUAGUUCUGGCUGUUUUGUGACGCAUAUAGACGCGCCUAUUAUUGUGUCAUCAAUAGCCAACGUUACUUCGCAUUUUCACUUUUACACAAAACUUCAUCUGAGUUAAACACGCAGCAACAUUUCGCUUGACCAGAUUUUACAUUUUCGUCUUUUUUUCCCCCUCACCGGACCUUUGCCGGAGGGAAAUGAGCCAAAGAAGAUGGCUCUAGGAAAAGAAGAACAUUGCUCUGCAAAUAUGGUGUAUCCAGAUAUGGAGACCAUGAUGCGCCACCUGGAAAAAACAUUAACAGCAAAACAAAAACGAAUUAUGCGCCCAUUUUUUUCUAUGCCGGGGUACUUUGGACGCAUGUGCCAUGUUUGUGGUGGCAUCAUGACGGACGACGAUGACCAGAUGACCUAUUACCUGCUCCCAGCUCUAUCAAAUAUUGUGGGAAUUCCUGUGGUCUACGCCACUAAUGACCCUUCAACAAUUAGGACGAGUACAGCACAGCCAAAGAGAACGCUUUGGGCAGCCGCCAAGGCAGAACUGAAUGAGCUAUCGGGCAAAUCUGGACAAAACAUCCAUUUGGAUACAGUCAUGGCUCCCUGCCUAAAGAAAUGUAGUCACCAAGCCACCAAGUCACCAAGCCUUCAGCCAUCAAGGUCAAGCCUGUCAAGGCCAAGGUUACCUGGGUCAGAGGCAACUCAUGAAGCAACCAUCUGUCGUGUUUUAGAUAGGCCUAGUCCUACUGUAUUUGACUGGCAGAAGCUUACUCCUUACAACAAAAUCCAAGGCACAUUAAUCUCUGGCUUAAAGCAAAUGGAAUACUCAACCGAUACUGCAGCCAAGGUCGUUGAGAUCCUAAAAAGUUAUUUUGGUACUCUGAAGACCCCUGUUGUUUCCCGCAAAAGUGUCUUGCGCUUUGUUAGAGGCCAUUUCCCAACGAGUGCUGAGAGAGGACCCAAAAUGCCAUCUGGGUUGAUGCAUCGUUGCGUAGAAGAGGCACUGAAGAAGCUGGUCCAGUUCCAUUUGAUUCCCUCACUUUCUCCUGACAGUGUUCGCCAUUUGCACAGUGUUGAGCCAUCAAUGUCACCUUUGGAACAAACAAACCGCAUAUGCACAAAAGUUAUGAAAAAUGAAUUAAUGGUGACGCUCACGCAGUUGGAGGACAAUCCUGUCCAGUCCUUCAUUGAUGAAGUGAAGGGCUGCAUAAUGGAAGAGCAGGUGGUUUCUGAAAAAACAUAUGAAUGCCCAACUGGGCCAGCACCUCCCUCUGACAUGGAGGAGCCUAUGAAGGAUGAUCUGACACUCUAUGAAACUCCACCUGGGCCACCGCCUUCUAACUCUUCUGAAAAGACCACGAAGAAAAUGUGUAUGUCUUGGCUGAAGGUGCCUGCCCUCAACCAGAAGACAACCAAAGCAGGAUCACAUGGUGUCCUUGGAGGUGAGCGUCAGGCCAGAGCAUUUGAAAACACAGAUUUGGAGUCCAUGAUGCGCCACUUUGAAAACACACUGACAGCAAAGCAAAAAAGAAUAAUGCGCCCAUUUUUUUCUUUGCCGCUGUCAUUAAAACACAUGUGCCGCGUUUGUGGAGGCAUCAUAACGGGCGACGACCAGAUGACCAAAAUGUAUUACCUGCUCCCAGCUCUAUCAAAUAUUGUGGGAAUUCCUGUCAUCUAUGCCACUAAGCGCACAUCAGAAUCAAGGACAAGUACAGCACAGCCAAAGAGAACGCUUUGGGCAGCCGCCGAGGCAGAGCUGAAUGAGAUAUCGGGCAAGUCUGGACAAAACAUCUAUUUGGAUACAGUCAUGGCUCCCUGCCUAAAGAAAUGUAGUCACCAAGCCACCAACUCACCAAGCCUUCAGCCAUCAAGGUCAAGCCUGUCAAGGCCAAGGUUACCUGGGUCAGAGGCAACUCAUGAAGCAACCAUCUGUCGUGUUUUAGAUAGGCCUAGUCCUACUGUAUUUGACUGGCAGAAGCUUACUCCUUACAACAAAAUCCAAGGCACAUUCAUCUCUGGCUUAAAGCAAAUGGAAUACUCAACCGACACUGCAGCCAAGGUCGUUGAGAUCCUAAAAAGUUAUUUUGGUACCCUGAAGACCCCUGUUGUUUCCCGCAAAAGUGUCUUGCGCUUUAUUAGAGCCAAUUUCCCAACGAGUGCUGAGAGAGGACCCAAAAUGCCAUCUGGGUUGAUGCAUCGUUGUGUAGAAGAGGCACUGAAGAAGCUGGUCCAGUUCCAUUUGAUUCCCUCACUUUCUUUUGACAGUGUUCGCCAUUUGCACAUUGAGCCAUCAAUGUCACCUUUGGGACAAACAAACCGAAAAUGCACAAAAGUUAUGAAAAAUGAGUUCAUGGUGACGCUCACGCAGUUGGAGGAAAAUCCUGUCCAGUCCUUCAUUGAUGAAGUGAAGGGCUGCAUAAUGGAAGAUCAGGUGGUUUCUGAAAAACCACAUGAAUGCCCAACUGGGUCAGUACCUCCCUCUGACAUUAAACAGCCUAUGAAGGAUGAUCUGACACUCUAUGAAACUCCACCUGGGCCACCCACUUCUAACUCUCCUAUUCAGGAAAAGAAGAUGAAGAAAAGGUUUAUGGCUUGGCUGAAGGUGCCUGCCCUCAACCAGAAGACAACCAAAGCAGGAUCACAUGGUGUCCUUGGAGGUGAGCCUCAGGCCAGAGCAUUUGAAAACACAGCUUCCUCCAGUGCUGAGCUGCAGAGUGGAGACUUGGCUGGGCUGAGAGGAGGUGAGCUUCAGUCCAGGGAUGCUUUGGCUGACGUCCCCAAAAAUCAUGAAUCUGCCGGCCCUCUGGAGUCACCCCAGGAGAAAGAGGACACUGUCGGGUGCUGUUUCAUCAGGAUGCCCAAGUUCAGAUGGUCCUUCAAGAGGAUAAUGAAAAUAAGGAGAGGCCGAAAAAUUGAGCGUCAGAAGCAUGUCAAUUCCUCUGAAGAUGGCGCCAAUGCCUAUGAUGAGACUAAGGGAAGUGGCUGAUGAUCUGAAGUGGUUGCUGAUCCUACAGAUCUAAAUAAUAAUUGGGAGCACUAUGUCCAAAUUCAAAGACAACAUUUUAUUUUGAUUUCAUUAAAAAUAUA